GUAAACUAGGCUCUUGUCGCGACGUUACAUACUCGCAGAAUGACGAACGUUUUAUCCAAAAUACGAAUUGAUAUCGUUUCUCCUCAUAGCAUCAGCUUCCGGGAAGUUUGCAAAGGUUUGCCACAUCGUUAUCAUCGCGACGAUAAGAUUGUACAAGAGUCUCCUCUUUCCCGUCAUGACUUCCGAUUCCUCGUACGAGCUUCUGCAGUGUAGCCGUAUACUUGUCGAGGAACUCAGACAGACCGCAUGGUUCGAAAGCGACCAUUAUCGCACCGAAGCCCUCCUUUUGCGUCAGGAGCCUUCCUAUCUUGCUUACCGGGUGAACCAAGAUGGUCUCUUGCUUCGGCCUGAGGACCAGGAGUUUGAGAACCCGGAGUUUGCAGCUUGUAUCACCAAACACUCGCUGCAUAGUGUCUUUAUGCUUGUUGCAGAAUGGAGCGCCAUCACGGCUUACUUAGAGGACAUCGUACUGAUUGACCGGACGACAGUAAUGGAUGGAACCCUUGAGGAGAGAGGAAAGCUGUUCGGUGGUGUUGCAAAGGUCGUGGACUCUGCCAUACAACGUCUGGAGGAGAGCAUUGUCUCUGGCAUUAUAGGAGGAUCUAACAUUGGGAGGAGAGUUUUUUCACCGAGUUUGCAGAUAGUAUCCCUGGAAAGGUGUCUAAGCAUACCUGACAAUACCCUUGACGAGGCACUCUAUCGCUUCGUGCUCAAUUAUUUCGGAAAUACGACCACAGGGACACCUAGUGCGGUCCGUCAACAUCUGGUGGACAUGUUCGAAAGAGCACCUGAGGAAGAGAUGCUCGGACCCUUGGUUGAACUCAUUUCGCAGUGGUUAGAUUUGCAGGAGUUUUCUAGACUCCUUGACGCGGCUUCUUCUCUCCACCAUCUGACACGAAGCGGGGAUGAAACACGUCUAAGCGCAUUUUGUUCUGCUGUGUCGUUCUUAUACCAGACUCUAGAUGAAGCGAGCUUUGAAGAACACCUCCGCAACGGCGUGGAAUCUUUGAGGGACGAAGCUAUCCUCCAAGAAAUCUGGCGCGCCAUUGAUAAAGCAGUGGGAAGAAAUUACAAUAACUUCGAAGACAUCUUUUUGCCUAUAACACCCUGGCGGAGACUGCCAGAGCUCGAACUCGAGGGUCUUUUAUGUGGCUCAGUUCGCAUCGCCGAAUGCCGUAGAAAAAAGCAAAAGAAGAAAUCCAAGCGAGUCGCACCUUACCCUGAUUCCGAUUCUACACUAGAAUCAGCGCCCUCCAAUCUCAAACUCUCUUUGUUCCUGGUGGACAAAGAUGUCAAGGAGACAUUUGACCACAUCUUCGAUUCCGCAAAUAAGGGAAAACUCGAAGAGUGUGAUUUUCUGACCGCCAUGGUAGCUAUAGGAUUUUCGAUCAAGCAGGCGCAAGGCUCGCGAAUUACAUUUAUACCACCUACAGGUAGGGACUGUGGUUUGAAGCAGUGCUUUCGAUAUCAUAUGAUACACAACGGCAAUGACGAAUAUUUCGAUCUCGCAAGCGCUUUGCGUACGAAGCUGCGGAGAGCCUACGAUUGGGACAAGGAUUACUUUGGUCUGAAGUAAAAGAUUAUCCUUUUAUACACUUCCAUUCUUUUCCAUGAGUCUCAGUUAAGGAUCUCACCUCAUACAGUUUCCCUCACUCUCAAUUAUCCUCGUUGCGUUUUCUUCCAACCACUCCAUC